CCAGGCUGAUAUCACAGGGCCACAGAGAUCGUGGCAGAAGGCAAACAUUCGGACUGAAGCCAGAUGUGGAACUGAAGCAUCAAGAGGAAAUAGAGGAGCAUCAGGAACCCCUUUCUCUUGUGGUUCGGAGUGAAGAGAGGCUUCUGAAAUGGAAAGUCUCCAAACUGAUGUAGAAACGCACUAUGCUGAGCUCAUCAUAAAAGUGGGUAAAGUGACUUUUGGAGAAGAGAACAGGAAAAGGAUGACCGAUAGCAGGUUGAAAAGAAUUGAGAAUUCAAAUAUCAUCCAGGCUAUUUGUGCACUGUUAAAUUCUGGAGGGGGUGUGAUCAAAGCAGAGAUUGAUGAUGAAACCUACAGUUACCAAUGUCAAGGACUGGGACAGGAUUUGGAAACUUCAUUCCAAAAGCUCCUUCCUUCAGGUUCACAGAAAUACCUUGACUACAUGCAGUACAGGCACAAUCUCCUGAUUUUUGUGAAAUCAUGGAGCCCAAAUGUUUGCAGCCUCCCACUGAGGAUUUGCAGCUUGCGCUCCAAUUUAUAUCAGAGAGAUGUGACUUCUGCCAUUAACUUGAGUGCCAGCAGUGCCCUGGAGCUUCUCAGAGAGAAAUCAUCUAGAAUUCCAAGAGCUAGACCAAAGCUGAAUCCUCAGAAAGCUCUCAACAGAUACAUUCAGGAAGAGGAAGACAUGAAGAUGUCUGCCUUGGAAUUUUUUGAAAGGGAUAAACUCACAUAUAAGGAGAAACUCAACUUUACGGAGUCAACACAUGUCGAGUUUAAAAGGUUCACCACCAAAAAGGUUGUACCUCGGGUUAAAGAGAUGCUGCCUCAUUAUGUCUCCGCAUUUGCCAACACUCAAGGGGGAUACCUAAUUUUCGGGGUCGAUGAUAAGAGCAAAGAAGUGUUUGGAUGUAGGAAAGAAAAAGUGAACCCUGAGUUACUAAAAAAAGAAAUAGAAAACUGCAUAGAAAAAUUGCCUACAUUCCACUUCUGUUGUGAAAAGCCCAAGGUGAAGUUUACUACCAAAAUCUUGAAUGUAUACCACAAAGAUGUCCUGUUUGGUUAUGUCUGUGUGGUUCAAGUAGAGCCUUUCUGUUGUAUAGUAUUUGCAGAGGCCCCAGAUUCCUGGAUCAUGAGGGACAAUUCUGUCACAAGGCUGACGGCUGAGGAAUGGGUGGUCAUGAUGCUGGAUAUUCAGUCAGCUCCUCCCAGUUUGGCUACUGACUACAGUGCUCACCUGAUUUCAUCAACUUCAUCUGCCCUAAGAAGCCCAGCAUAUCCCAUGAAAGUCAUGGAAUUUAAGGGAGCUCUGCAACAACGUUUGUUUCCAGUGACACAAGAAGAAACGAUACAACUUAAACCAGAAUCCCUCUGUAAGAAGCUGUUCUCAGAUCAUAAAGAACUGGAAGAAUUAAUGAAGACACAGAUGUGCCCUUGUUCUCAGGGAAUUGUGAUAUUUUCUAGAAGCUGGGCUGAUGAUGUUGGCUUAAGCAAAGAGCAGAACGUCCUGUGCGAUGCUCUCCUGAUAGCAAUUAACAGCCCCCUGGUACUCUACACAGUGUUAAUAGAGCCAAAUUGGAUUGAAGGGUUUGAAUAUGCUCGAAACACUGCUCAUCAGUUAAAGCAGAAACUGCAAAGUGUUAGUGGCUACACAGGGAAAAUGUGCAUCAUUCCAAGGGUGAUCCACCUGGCCAGCAGACAGUGUAGACCUGGUAAAGUCCUUGUACACUACCCCCAAUCCUACAGGCUCUCCAAUGUGGAUGAAAUGGAGAACUUGCUGCAGGCCCUUGUGGUCAUCUCACUGUGCUCCAGGUCUCUUCUGAGUAACCAGCUGGGCUGUGAGUUUUUCAGCCUGCUUGUAGAGGAGCAGAGCAAGUUGCUUUCCAAGAGCCUUCAGGAAACUCGGGAAUUGUUCAUCCACUGCCUUCCAGGAACCAGGAAGACAGCCCUAGCCAUGAAGAUCAUGGAGGAAGUGAAGAACUUGUUCCACUGCAAACCUAAAGAGAUCCUCUAUGUUUGUGAGAGUGUCACCCUAAGGGAUUUUGUGAUUCAAAAAACCACCUGCCAUGCUGUGACCCAGAAAACCUUCAUGCAAAAGGAGUUCCCAAAGAUUAAACACAUAGUAAUGGAUGAGACUGAGAAUUUCUGCAGUAAAUAUGGUGAUUGGUACUUGAAGGCUAGAAGUAUCACCCACCCUAAGGUGAAGGGGGUUGGAAGUGAAGACCUUCACCAUGGGAUCCUCUGGAUUUUUCUGGACCCUUUCCAAGUCCAUCAUGCAGAUGACAAUGGCCUUCCCCCUCCUUCUGCUCAGUUUCCUCGAAAAACAAUCACCGACGGGAUCCACUGUGCUCUGGAAAUAGCAAAUGUCAUGAAAGAAGAAAUGAAGAUGAUCAAAGCAAACCCUCCCUCCAGCAUGUCUCUGGACACAUUGGCAUUAUUCCAAGAAGCAUCCUAUGAGGAAGCAAUGUUUGCCCAGGCUCUACCUGGGGUGUUUGAAACCAAGACUAACCUAACCAUAGAACAAAUAGCAAACUAUGUGGUAGAAAGAUGUCACAGCCUCUUCCAAUGUGGCUAUAGGCCCAAAGAUGUAGCAAUUCUGUGCAAGAGAGUAGAGGACACAGGACGCUAUAAGCUUGCACUUCUUACAGCAUUUAAGGACCAUGGAGCAACAGAAGUUCUGUUUAGCCGUGCCAUUGGUGUUGGGGGCAAUCAUAUUGUUUUAGACAGUAUUCAGCAGUUUUCAGGACUGGAGAGAAAUAUCGUGUUCGGGAUUAGUUCAGAAUGUUCCCAGUCUGAGAAAUUUCAUAAGCUCUGCUUUGCCUCAAGAGCCAUUAAACACCUCUACCUCCUUUAUGAAAAGAGGGCAGCCUUCUGAAAAUUAUUAUAAAUAACACAGGGAGCCAGAAAAAGCAGAGCUUUCCUCCUUGACAGAUGGCAGCUUUUCUUUUAUAAUAUUAUAUGUAAAGAAACCAAGGCACCUCAGUAUGGCCUGGAGCCACAGAAAUGUCUCUUGGGGCUGAGCCUUGCUUGCAGUGGCACUGCUUUUUUCCGGGUCCACCUCUCCUCCCUGUACAAUUACAGCAGACUUAGGAUUGAUCCCCUGUCUCCAGUCUUCCUAACUCAAUCCAGCUUUUGUUCUGUCAUGCAAGCAGUUUAUCCUCAGAGAACUGCUUUUAUGACAUCCUCUGCUAGCACUUACCUCCUGUAAGUCCCCACAGCCUUCAAACCAAGCCAGUUCUCCAGGCUUCCCAUGUUGUGCCCUGAGUGACUCUCCUAACCACACCCUUAACUACACCUCCAGUGUCCUAAUGUACCCCAACACCUAAUGCACCUCACUGGCCUAUUUUGUUAGGGUGGUAGGGUGUCUUCUAGACCCAUUACUUUGACUGGGUCUCAAGGGUGGCACCUGGGCUAGCAUCUCAUAUGGUUAUAGGUCUCAAGUUUUACAGGUUCAGAACUUGAUUUCCUCUUUGCACCAAGUCUAGAUCAGUCUCUAGGGGAUGGCUUUAUGCUAACCAAGACCAAUGCAUGAAUCAAAAUGCCACUUUGUUAAUUCACAUUGAGGAUUGCUAUAACAAAUUGGGUCAAAGGCUUUUGCUAAUCUGCGCAUUCAACAAUAGCGUAGGAAGCCAAAUUAUAAGAGCAGAACCCUACAAUAAGGGGAGUUGGUAAUCUGGCUCAAAUGUAAGGAGUACUCAGGCUACAUCAGAUUAUUGAAAUAUCUAUUGUUAUAUUGCAAUCAUUUCUAAAAUAGAGAUGUUUUCAGUACAAGGACUAUGCAGGUCAGGUUUAUAAGCUAACUCAAAUUUAGAAUGCCAAGGACCAUUAGUUGUUCAAUACUGUCUGCCUAGGUGAAAUUUUUUCCCCUUAAUUUCUAAAGAUUCUGGGUUGACCUCCAGUCUUUCCCUCAUUUACCGCAACAUAUACACACUUUGCUUACAUUCAUUUCUACACGUGUCAAUACACUAAUGUAUGCUACACAGCCUCACACUGCUGCUGACCUGAAACUUGUCUAUGAGAGGCCUUUGCACCUCUCUGAUCCUUUUCAUGAUGAUUUGGGUGUUGAUUUUAUAGUCCAACCCUCAGAGCUCUUUUAUAGGGAUCCUGGGUGGCAACUCUAUCACCUAUACCACUCACACACAUUCCUAGCUCUUGGUCUGUCCCUGACAGUUUUUUUUCAGUCUUUAACCUUUUUUCUCCCUUCCACUUUUGAAAUCCUUACUCUUCAGUCAAGUGCUUCAAAUGCCCAUCUCCUCCAUGAAACUUUUUCCACCCCCCUGAUGGUGAAGUGGCUUUUGUGGCCAUUCUAUUGCUUUAAAAAGAAUAUAUUGAAGAUAGCAUCCAAUUCAUUCCAGACUAUUCACAGAAGUUGUUGUUAUCCUAGCAGAAUCUAUGUAAAUCUUCCUGGCAUAUCCCUUUUCCAAUGUAUGGGAAAUAUAUUAGAAAUAAAAUCAGUUCCCUUUCUUUAGUCAGCUCCCUAAAUGGAUGAGCCAAUCUUGUGCCCUUCAAUAAAAUCUUGUCUUUGUAA